AUGCUGUUGCGCAUAUCUGUUUUAAUAGCGGUGAGUCUUUAUGGCUCCUGUAUGGAAAUGAGGGAGACUGUUGAGAGAAUGGUGAUGGUUCGUACAUCAGGAUCUGACCUUCAACCGGCGGCCACAGGAUACAUAUAUAAAAAGAAAAACGAUGGCGAAGAAAGCGUCAUUAAAAUGGGGGAAAGCGAAGUUAUGGAACAGUUAUCAAAAUAUUAUAAACAACCCAAAAUAGCUGAUAAAAAUAGCGCCAACAUUAAAGAUGGUUCGAAAGAGGAUCGUAUUAUACCAGUAUCGGAAGAAUCUGAUGAAAAAGUUGAUGGAUUACAUGACGAUGAUUUUAAAAAGAUCUUUGAGAAAUACGGUGUUAAGUUUGAUGAUCACGAUGGACAUGACCAUUAUCCUCACGAUUUCAAUGAUUACUAUGGAUAUGGAGGUAAUAAGGACAAUAAAAAACUAUACGACAAUUAUAAAAAACAUUAUGGAGACAGCGGCAGUGGUGAUUAUCAUAAUGAAAAAUAUUCAAGCUAUACCCAUUCACACAAAGGAAAUGGGGAGAAAGAAAGUGAUGAAAAUAACAAAUACAAUAACGAAGAUGAUAAAUUAAAUAAAGAAGAGAAAUCAGAUGCUCAUAAUGAAGGUAAUAUCCGAUUUCAAAAAGCAUACGAAGGUGACCAAAAAGGUAGAAAAUUAUAUGACAAUGACGAUGGAGUCAAAUUCGCAUUCUAUAAAUACGGAGGCAGCAAGUAUUAUGGAGAUGACGCAGGACAUAAACAUGAUGAUUCCCACGAAAGUGGUGACUCGGGAAAAGCUCAUGAAGAAAUCCACGGAGCCAAAGAUUCAGCUGAAGAACAAGGUGAUAAAAAACAAGAAUACUACAAAUCUGAUGGCGGAAAAACUUACGGCAACGGCUACGGCUUCAAAAUCAAUCAUUAA